CUUGUUCAAGAAUAUUCCUUAUCGCCUACGUCCCGUCCCAACUUUAUCAACAUGUCUGUCUUCUUCGAUUCGCCAAUCAGCGACGAGUCAAUUCCUGAAGGGGAAGCAGAACUGCUCUUGUCCGGUAUUGGGAUCACCAAUGGCAUAGCACCCUCAGAAUCGAGUGAAUAUCGCCAAUUACUAGCUGCCGUGCAUGAUGUCGCAGAGCACGUUUUGGACCUCCCAGAUUACACUGUUCCUGUGGAUGCCCGAUAUCCACGGCAAAAUAUCCAUCGCCCUACUCUGGAGCAGCAACAAUUCGGAAAUGCAUGGGCGCAUAAAUUUCUAAUUCGUGGAAAUCCCGAUGCGACUCUACUAAAAGGAAAAACGCUUUGUCUCAAAGAUAAUGUGGCUGUGGCAGGUGUACCACAAUUUUUUGGUACCGAUGCUAUCGAACCCUGGACACCGAGCUCUGAUGCUACUGUGGUGAGCCGAGUACUGGAAGCUGGGGUGACUAUCGUCGGAACGACUAUUUGUGAAAACUUCUGCAACUCCACAUCUUCAUAUACAAGCGCGCAAGGGGUAGUCCAUAACCCGCAUGCGGAAGGUUACUCUGCAGGAGGCAGCACAUCAGGUGGCUCGGCUUUGGUCGGUGGCGGCGUGGUGGAUAUAGCAAUUGGCGCUGAUCAGGGCGGAAGCAUUCGUGUUCCUUCUUCAUUCUGUGGAUGUGUCGGUUUAAAGCCAACGCAUGGAUUAGUCCCAUAUACUGGCAUGUCCAGUGGCGACGCGAUCAACGACCACGCUGGACCUAUUGCGCGAACAGUGAAGGACGUAGCUUCAUGUCUUGAUGCGAUCAGCGGGCGAGAUGAUUUCGACGAUCGAACACUCGGUGCCCCUUUGCACGGUUCAGCUCACUAUUCACAGCGUCUGCAACACUCUAUCUCCGGGAUGAGAAUAGGCCUCCUCACUGAAGGCUUUGAGCAUCGGAUCGUGGACGGAAAUGUCAAGGAGACGGUAUUAAGCGCUGCCUACGCAUUCCAGAAGCUCGGCGCUACCGUCGAAGAAGUUUCCCUUCCUCUACACCUUGAGGGCCCAGCUAUCUGGACCAUCCAACAACGUAUCGCAGGAACUCUAGGUCUCAUGGGCCUCGCGCAUGGCCGAAGAGGCUUGUUCUCAACCGAAUAUGAGGCAGCGCGACAGCCAUGGAAUGACCAAAGUUUCCAGAAGCUGUUUCCAUCCACAAAAAACACCAUUAUUAACGGCUUAUCACUGAUGAAAAGCUAUCCUGGUCUCUACGCGAAAACCAUGAACGUAGCACAGCAACUGAGAGACUCGUACGAGAAACUGUUUCAAGAAUAUGAUCUAAUUCUAAUGCCGACGACACCUUUCGUAGCACCGCAAAAUUUGGAUUGGAAACGUGGGGAUUCGCCGAUGGCGGCUCUGAAGCCUAGUAUGGGCAUAACUAUCAACACGGCUAUAUUCGAUGUCACUGGUCACCCAGCUUUGUCUUUGCCUGUUGGAUUCGCGCCGUCAUCGACAGAUCCGGAUAUCAAGUUACCAGUGGGAAUGCAAUUAGUCGGUGGUUUGUGGCAGGAGCAGAAGAUUCUGGAUGCGGCCUUUGCUUGGGAGUCGGCGAAUGAUUGGCAAAAGAUUGGUGUUCCUGGUGGAGUAGAUAAAAAGAUAUCCCUCAAGUUGUGA